AUGUUCAGAAACGCUUUGCGGCAGUCUAGCCGCACCGUCGCGGCUGCCUCUGCCACUGGCAGGAUCGCUUCGGCUCGCGCGGCUGUUCCCGGCCCCCUCUCUGGCGCCUCCAAGCAGAUCCGUUCCUACGCUGCUGAGGCCAAGGCUGCUCCCACUGAGGUCUCUUCCAUCCUUGAGCAGAGAAUCCGUGGUGUUCAGGAGGAGGCUGGUCUUGCCGAGACUGGACGUGUCCUUUCCGUCGGUGACGGUAUCGCUCGUGUCCAUGGCAUGACCAACGUCCAGGCUGAGGAGCUGGUCGAGUUCGCCUCCGGCGUCAAGGGUAUGUGCAUGAACCUCGAAGCCGGCCAGGUCGGUGUCGUGCUUUUCGGUUCCGACCGUCUCGUCAAGGAGGGUGAGACUGUCAAGCGUACCGGAGAGAUUGUCGAUGUCCCCGUUGGUCCUGAGAUGCUCGGCCGUGUCGUCGACGCUCUCGGUAACCCCAUCGAUGGCAAGGGUCCCAUUCCCACCAAGGUCAAGAGCCGUGCUCAGCUCAAGGCCCCUGGUAUCCUGCCCCGUCGCUCCGUCAACCAGCCCGUCCAGACUGGUCUGAAGUGUGUCGACUCCAUGGUCCCCAUCGGCCGUGGUCAGCGUGAGUUGAUCAUUGGUGACCGUCAGACCGGUAAGACCGCUGUCGCCCUUGAUGCCAUGCUGAACCAGAAGCGCUGGAACAACACCUCCGACGAGAGCAAGAAGCUUUACUGCAUCUACGUUGCCGUCGGUCAGAAGCGUUCCACCGUCGCUCAGCUCGUCAAGACCCUCGAGGAGAACGACGCCAUGAAGUACUCCAUUGUCGUUGCUGCUACUGCUUCCGAGGCUGCUCCUCUGCAGUACCUUGCUCCCUUCACUGGCUGUGCCAUGGGUGAGUGGUUCCGUGACAACGGCCGCCACGCCGUCAUCAUCUACGAUGACCUUUCCAAGCAGGCCGUCGCCUACCGUCAGAUGUCCCUGCUGCUCCGUCGUCCCCCUGGUCGUGAGGCCUACCCCGGUGACGUUUUCUACCUCCACUCUCGUCUCCUUGAGCGUGCCGCCAAGAUGAACGAGAAGCACGGUGGUGGUUCCCUCACUGCCCUCCCCGUCAUUGAGACCCAGGGUGGUGAUGUCUCCGCCUACAUUCCCACCAACGUCAUCUCCAUCACUGACGGUCAGAUCUUCUUGGAGUCUGAGCUGUUCUACAAGGGUAUCCGUCCCGCCAUUAACGUCGGUCUGUCCGUCUCCCGUGUCGGUUCCGCUGCCCAGGUCAAGGCCAUGAAGCAGGUCGCCGGUUCCCUGAAGCUGUUCUUGGCUCAGUACCGUGAGGUUGCUGCCUUCGCCCAGUUCGGUUCCGAUCUCGAUGCCUCCACCAAGCAGACCCUCAACCGUGGUGAGCGUCUCACCGAGCUCCUCAAGCAGAAGCAGUACUCCCCCAUGGCUGUUUCCGACAUGGUUCCCCUGAUCUUCGCUGGUGUCAACGGUUUCCUUGACAGCAUCCCCGUCGCCAAGAUCCUCCAGUGGGAGUCUGACUUCCUUGCUCACCUCAAGAGCAACCACCCCGAGAUCCAGGAGACCAUCGAGAAGGAGGGCCAGGUCUCCAAGGAGCUCGAGGCUCAGCUCAAGGAGAUCAUCCCCACCUUCAACAAGUCCUUCAACGCAUAG